AGAAACCACCAAAUCCAUACAGAUACAUAUUUAUAUAUAUUUAUAAAAGAAAGCAAAUCCAAAAUCUUGAAUUUACUCGAAGGAUGGAGGCUGCUGCACAAGCAGUUAUCAAGGAUGAAGAAUUUGCACCAUUAGUUGAAACUGUGAAGGAUAAAGAUUAUAGUACCAUUCUUCUCCAUUUACCUGAUUUUAGAAGGGAGAAACUAAACGUCCAGCUGACUGCAGGCGCAAAGUUGAGGGUCAGUGGAGAGAGAGAGGCUGAAAACAAUAAAGUUAUCCGCUUCCAGAAAGAAUUUCGUAUUUCAUCUGAUAUUAACACUAAAAAAAUUGCUGCCAAGUUUGACGGAGGCAUAUUGUACGUUAGACUACCAAAACUCAUCGCUCCAGGAGGCAAGCAAGAUAGCAAAUUGACUAUCCCUGAACGUCCCACACCUCAGAAGCCUGCAGAUCAUAAGCCUGAAUCUUUGAGGCCUACAGAUGAGUCACGAGGAUCCCAGAAGCCUGCAGAUCAUAAGCCUGAAUCUUUGAGACCUACAGAUGAGUCACGAGGAUCCCAGAAGCCUGCAGAUGAGCCACAACAAUCCCAGAAACCUGCAGAUAAGUCUGACAUUUCGAGGCCUACAGAUGAGUCAACAGUAUCCCAGAAGCCUGCAGAUGAGCCACAACAAUCCCAGAAACCUGCAGAUAAGUCUGACAUUUCGAGGCCUACAGAUGAGUCAACAGUAUCCCAGAAGCCUGCAGAUGAGCCACGGCAAUUCCAGAAGCCUGCGGAUGAGGCACGACCUCAGGAGACUGUUCAGCAAAAAACUGCAGACAAAACCAGUCCAAUAGAUGGUCCAUCUAAGCAGACUGAUGUUCAAGAUGUUACUCAGAAGAAGCCAGAGAAAGAAGAAGCAAAGGCUGCAGAUAUGAAGGACAAAGGAACUAGUGAAACUGUGGACGGAAGUGGAAAAACAAGUGUAGAUAACUACAACCAAUCUGCAGUUGAUCCGGCAGCAAAACUGAAGAUGUCAAGGAGAGCAAUGGAUGUGGCUGUGGUUGUUCUAUUGGCUGUUGUAAUUGGCCUAUACAUCAUUAAUUGCCUCAGGUGUUUCAGGAGGACAACUGAAGACUAAGGCUAAGAUAUUUGCUGUAUCGUGAUUUGCGCUUGUACUUGUGUUUGUAUAAUUCUGGAUCAAUACCUGUAUUUUUCUGACCCUAGAAAUGAAUAAAAGAUUCUAGAAUUGCAUUUCAUUGAUUA